AUGGAGGAAAGGUCUGAGUCGCGAGCUUCAGGCACAACAUACCAUAGCUUUGCAGACACGGAGUUGUUUGAGCCUAUGUCUCCCCCUCGACCACCGGUUACCCACGAUACAGCCAGUCUUCAACACCUCGAGCACCUUCAACAUGAGCUUCAGCGUCAGCAGCGUGAGGCUCCGAGUAGCAAGGACUGGGUGAGAGAGCGUCGACCUGGCACGGCAAAGAUGCAGCGACAGGAUUCAGGCUAUGAGUCAAACACGCCCCGACGAACCUCUACCUCUAACACCUCCCACGGCGGGUCUACUAUCAACAACGCUCACCUUCUUGUUGGCCGCCGCUCGUCAAAUGGUUCUUCCAAGGACGGUAGCGGUAGUGGCAGUGGUAGUAGCAACGGCUCAGGAGUGAGAUCUCGUUUCAGAGAUCGUCGCCCUUCGCUCCGUCGAGCAGCAAAGACUCAUCCCGUUCAACCAACACGCACAUCCAACCAAUCCCUCCACCUCGUACGCACCGCAACAGCUACUUCUCCCCCCAAACAAUCCGCCGCAUUCUUCCACUUCCCAUCGCCAGAUCCCAUUCAACUCGCCGACACUGUUCCCGACCGCCGCGUGCAACCCACGCCCAUCCCCUCACCACCGCCUCAGACAACACACUACUGGACCAGCGACCGCACCCGCCGUCUUGAAUACGCCGCCAUCGACGCUGCGACGCGCGGUGUCAAGGGCUGGGUGCUGCGACAUCUCGUGCCUGAUUGUUUUGUGUCGUGCGAGAAUAAACAUGUCUCGUUCGAUGAUGAUUCAGGCAGCGUGAGAAGGUAUAGACUUGAGCUUGAGGAUGAUCAUGUUGAGAAGGCGGGAGGAAAGUGUGUGCGGCGACGCAAGGCAUGGAAAUUCUGGCGUCGCAGAAAGGUCGAUGCUCAACCUACGGCCUACAUCUGA